AUGGCAUCGCAAUUCACUCGGACAUAUUUUUGCACUCAUAACGGCGACCAUCGACUGCUCGCCCUCAUCUAUUUUGCUUGCUUGCAAAGUCAUUCACAACAUAUCAAUCUCACAUCUACUUCUUUUGACGAUUGUCUCCUUGACAAUUGCUCCCACACUCCUUCUCUCUCUUUUUUCGGAUUUUUGAAUUCUUGGAUCACGACUCGCUCGUUUUCGAUCCAUGCACACCCUCCUUCUCUCUUUCUCUCUCCGUCUCGCAUAUCUCGAUUGUACAAUAAGGGUCAAAAGUUUCAUUCCGGAUUCAUAUCCCCACCCCUUCACACUCAUUGCAUUUCCAUAUUCACGGCAUCGGAUUCCGCCACCAACCAAACGCUCACUCUCCUUUAUCCUUUUUCUUUUCCAUUUAGUUGUUCAUGCAUCUAUCUCUUGCUAAAUUUACGACAUCAUCCAUCCAUCCACAUUGCACCCACCGUCACAACGCAUCCGUACUUAUCACAUCAUUCAACGUUGCUUGCCUGCCCGUUUUCAUCUCCAUCGCGACCCUUGCUGGCCGCACACAACCCAUCAUCUCCCAUUCCCUCUUUCUUUUUUUACUCACCUGCCGUCACUUUUGACUUUUUGUUCGCAUUGUAA